CUUUUACUAUGGAACACAUACCAGCUUCAGAAAAUUUAGACAACCCUAAUUACAUUGAACAAAGUGAAAAAUAUGAAGAGGAGAGAAAAUUCGAAUCAAAUGACCAGCCUCUAACCCAAAACUCAAAGCUCUUAACCCCCAAAUCUCAUCCACCUACAAAAUUCAACCUUGCUCUCAAACUUCAGACCCUAAAAUAAACACCAAUACACAAUCACCCAGAUCCAAAAAUUCCUAAAAUCAUUCGGAUACCCAGAAUACAUUGAAGACUUCAUCCAACUAGCCCAAAUAGAACAAGUCCUGCACAUUCUUCGCCAAGAACUUCUACCCUUAUCUCCUUCUUUCUGCCUAUCUGCUUCCUUACCAUUUAAUCAGAUUUAUGCAUCUACUUGUUUUACCUUGGAAAAAUUGUGCAAAAGAUUUGAUAAAAUUUGGAAAACUUAUCCUCAUGAAAGAGAAGAGGUUCUUAACGCGACAGAAGCUGAGGGGCUAGCUUUACAAAAAUAAUAGCAUGAUCAAUCCAACACAACUUAUUAAGCUUGAUUUGGCUAGAGUUUUUGAAGAAGAGAUGCUUCAA